AUGUCGUCGAAUAAGAACCAAAGGAAGGACACGAAGAAUCGCAAAACACCGACUGAAUAUGUCUCAAAGGAUAUAUUGGAAGACGAUUUUGUGAAAGUGUUUUGGUAUUUGCUCAAAGCUCAGAUGCUACUGGGCACUUGCCGCGUCGAUGCAAGAGAUCGCUUCAUCAGCGCCCCGACAAAGUGGCAAAAACUGUAUACUAUAGUACUCGUAACGACUGCUAUGACUUUGCAUUUUAUGGCUUCAAUCAUCUACCUGACGACAAGAUUUCCAUACUCUGAACUGCAAAAUAUAGCUAUAGUUACCAUGGUCAUCACCGCAUUUGCUUACUGCAAUUUUGUUAUUUACGCACGUUUUGUACACAACGACGCGAACAUCAAAUUAUAUAUAAAAAUGCAGCAGAUCGACCGACUCAUGGGGAUUCAACACAACAAGACAAUAAACAACAUGCUCCAAAGAAUAAAUAAUGUAACGGUUGCGAUUACAGUCAGUAUCUUCAGCACUGUCAGUGUUACCAUAUUCUUUGGAGGACUACUUAUGGGGGUGGCGUUUAUAGCCUCCAUGUGGACUCUAUUGACGGUAGUAAUGGAAUUGACUUUAUGCUCUAACUUAAUAUCGUAUUUCUUCGCGCGAAUUCGCUUUAUUAAUUCGAUAUUGAUCAAUUUUGUCGAAGGAAAAGUUCCGAUGAAAAAGCCAAAAUAUUUGUCAGGUCGAUUUAAAGAGGUGUUCAGAUAUGUGGCUGCUCAUACACGUGAUUACCGGACCAGCCAAAUAGAUGUAUAUCUGAAGGCCGUGUUGGAAUGUUUCCACAAUUACCAAGAUCUGUAUAGGUAUCCGGUUGCUAUUUAUUUCAUAGCAUUCAUGUUUUAUACAUUAGCAUCUGUAGAAUUCGUCGUUUAUGGUCUAAAGCGCAAUGUUGUUAACCAGGCAGACUUGACAUUGGCUCCAUCAGUAUUGGGGCCGGCGCUGUUGCUCAUCCUGGUUUUGAUUAUACGCAUCGAAUAUUUCAACAGAGAGAUCAAAGAAACGAAACGCUUGUCUGUCAUUGUCAUGUCUUUGUACUUCGAAGGGCCCUUGAGAGCGAAGGCGAAGCGGAUGUGCAGGAUGAUAGAAGAAUCACCGCCGAUAUUCUCAGUGUACGACAUGUGGCACGUCAACGCAGUGUUUCUAGUCAGGUUCUUUAAUGUAGUGUCCACUUUAGUCGUCACUUUACUACAGUUUGCUAUCUUGUAAAGUGAAUAUUCAGAUCUAGAGGACUAACAAUAUAAACGUAGCUUUAAGAUUUUCAAUCACCUAAACUAAGUCUAUAAUUCUAUUAUCUACUUUUACUUAUAUAAAAAAAGAUCUGUCAAAUCACCAAGUUAGGUAAUCCGACCCUGUGAAAACGGGAUAACGCUGCU